AUGGACCAAGUACUCGCAGAUCAGCAGGUCCAGGGCGAUCUCUUGAAGAGCUUCAGGCAGACUAUGUUAAAAACCCCGAGGGAUCGUAGGACAAUCAGUUGGUUUAAGACACAGUUGGAGCAGCUCGAGACACAAUGGGAUGAAUUUCAGAAGGGACACAGGAAUAUCUGUAAAGUUAAGGCGGAAUUCGCGGAGGACCCGUACUUCAAGGAGGACGUGUACAGUGAGGUAUACGUGCAAUAUUCUCUGGUGAAGACAGACAUCAUGGAUGCCUUGAGCCCGGGACGCUCUCAGACGUCGCUGCAGACUGAUGCGCAGUACCGGGACAUCAGAAUUGAUGCACCGCGCUACAAGGCACCUCUCCCGACCAUCGACCUGCCGCAGUUCUCCGGUGAUCAGCUCGAGUGGGAAACAUUUAAAGGAAUGUUCUUCGUCUUGGUCCACGACGUGCCAAGCCUCCCACCAAUAUUAAAGCUUCAAUAUUUAAUUCGCUCUCUUACUGGUGAAGCAGCGAACAGAUUGAAGAAUGUCCAGAUCACGGCGGAUAACUACGACGGUGCGUGGCAGGCCAUCUUAGACAGGUACGAUAACAAGAAGGUUUUGCUGGCGACACAUAUGUCACACGUCAUAUCGUGUCCCGCGAUGCAGAAGAAAUCUAUAGAAGAGCUCCGUCGAGUGCUGGACGUCAUACGUGAGUCCAAGCAGGCGUUGGACAAUUUAAAGAUUGACCCAGAGCACAUGGGAGAGCUGUGGCUCAUUCAUCAUACGGUGAAUAAAUUGAAUCAGGCAACCAGACUCGAUUGGGAGCGCCAAGUAGACGAGACCUACGGAUUUCCAAAAUACGCGCAGCUCGCCGAAUUUCUGGAGCGAUCUAUUCGAGUUUCGGAGGCUGCAUCAACAACAUCAUCAGGUAGUGGCAGUUAUAAUUCAAACGUAAACAAUAAGUUCCCGAAAAGCGCGCCAAAUCGUCAUCAUAAACAGAUAGCUGUACACACUACCAGCGCUCAGGCAGCAGGCAAACCAGGAGCGCGCGCAUGUGUGCUUUGCCGCGGAAGCCACGCCCUUUAUUCUUGCCAUAAGUUCGCGGCGCUGUCACAGCCGCAGAGAUUCGAACUUUGCAAAAAGGAGAAGUUAUGUUUGAACUGUCUGUCAGGCUCACAUUACGCAGGAGAUUGUCGCUCGGAUGGACGAUGUUUAGUGUGUCAAGGGCGGCAUCAUGCGAAGCUUCAUGCCGACUCGCAAGCUCACAGAGGCUCGGCGAGCAUCGAAGAUGGAGGGAGCUCGGCUCGGCAGGACGCUGAUGCUGGCGAGGAUGGCUCGGCGACAUGUUACUUCGCUCAGCAAAAGCUGAAGAGUCCAAAAGUAUUGCUUGCUACUGCUCAAAUAGUCCUGGCAGACGAAUCUGGAAAUCAAGUACAGGUGCGAGCUAUGAUAGAUCCGGGAUCCGAGCGAUCGUUUGUGACCGAGCGCGUCUUGACAGCUCUAUGUGUAAGCUCGUCAAAAGUGCACAUAAAUUUGCAUGUAAUGGGAGAUCAGUGCUCGUCAACAGUCCGAAGGCAGACUCAAUUGUUUAUAAGAUCAAGAAUCGACGCGAACUUCAGCGUGAGAGCAAAACCAUUGGUCAUGCGAGAGCUGACGGGACUCUUGCCGACGGCGAGACUGCCCGAGGAUCAUUGGCCGCAUUUGCGAGGAAUCGUAUCAAGAAUCGACGCGAACUUCAGCGUGAGAGCAAAACCAUUGGUCAUGCGAGAGCUGACGGGACUCUUGCCGACGGCGAGAUUGCCCGAGGAUCAUUGGCCGCAUUUGCGAGGAAUCGUGUUCGCGGAUCCUACGUAUUACAAACCCGACAAAGUGGAAUUCGUUAUCGGUGCUGAGCUGAUACCAUUCAUAAUGCUCGAAGGACUGCGAAAAGGAUCAAUUGGAAGCCCACUUGGUCAACAGACAGUAUUUGGUUGGAUAUUGACCGGAGAAAUCACACCGAAGCCAGACGAUUCACCAGCGGCAGUUUCCGCGUUUCAUGUGAGUGCUCGAGAGGACUUGCACGGUCUGGUUGAGAAAUUUUGGCAGCUGGAGGAUCUGCAGCCCACGAAGCAUUUAACAGCCGAAGAGCAAUAUUGUGAGGACUACUUCACGGAAACUACAACGAGAAAUGCCGACGGAAGGUACGUCGUACGCUUGCCAUUCGCGAAGAAGGUAUCAUUCGAGGGCUCGCGAGACGUCGCCGUGUCCUGCCUGCACCGAAUGGAGAGACGAUUAGAAAAGAGCCCGCGACUGUCAAUGUUAUACAAAAACUUCAUGGAUGAAUACAUCGAUUUGAAACACAUGGAACUCGUGCCGGACUCACAGCUGUCACGUGAGAGCUUUUAUUUGCCACAUCACGGAGUCUUCAGAGCAGGAAACCAGGACAAGAUUCGUGUCGUGUUCAACGCUUCGCAGAGGGCGGCGAACCGAGUCUCUCUCAACGAUUCGCUGUUGCCAGGGCCGAAAUUACAAAAAGAUAUAACGGUAGUUAUAUCGCGCUGGAGACAGUUCAAGUACGUCUUUGUUACAGAUAUUGUAAAGAUGUUUCGACAAAUUUUGGUUCACCCAGACGACACCGACUGGCAGCGUAUACUCUGGCGCUCGGACAACACGCAGGCAAUCAGGGAUUACAGAGCGCUUACCGUAACUUAUGGGACGGCGCCUGCUCCGUUUUUGUCUCUGCGAGUGUUGCAACAGCUUGCGAAUGACGGACGAGAGCGGUACCCUGAGGCCUCACGUUUGCUGGAUCAUCGAGUCUAUGUUGAUGACCUUUUUGGUGGAGCAGACGACGUCGUUGAGGCAACCAAGCGGAGAGAUCAACUAAUUGGAUUGAUGGAUUCGGCAUGUAUGCAGCUUGGAAAAUGGUCGGCAAAUGAUCAGGCUCUUCUGCUGGGAUUGAAUGCAGGGGAUGAUGCUGACGUCUCAGUUAAAAUCGAAGAUGUUGUUUCGACUCUCGGCCUUAAGUGGAGCCCAAAAACGGAUGAGUUUUUAUUCGUGCCGUCAUUGCCGCUAAUGGCUUCUAUUGUAACGAAAAGAGGCAUCUUGUCGGACGUUGCGAAGCUGUUCGAUCCAUUGGGAUGGCUAGCACCAGUCAUCGUCACAGCGAAGAUUCUGUUGCAGGAUCUAUGGAUCGAGAAAGUCGACUGGGAUACUUCGCUUGAGGGAGAGCUUUUAAGUCGCUGGCGGAGUUUUCGCGCAUCGCUGAGUGAUGUUGAACAGAUCAGAGUUCUAAGAUGGUUCGGUAAGAGCGAACAAAGCACCUGGAUUUUGCACGGCUUCUCAGACGCAUCGAAGAGAGCUUAUGCGGCCGCGGUCUACAUGGUGAUCCCGGGCUGCACUUCGCGACUGAUUAUGGCGAAGACUAAAAUUGCACCUGCCAAGCUGGAAACAUUGCCUCGACUCGAGCUUUGUGGAGCUGAACUACUGGUCAAGCUGACGAAGCAGAUUUUGAGCAACGUCGAAACGCAGCCGGAGCAAGUGCAUUUUUGGUGCGAUUCAAAAGUUGUGCUCGAUUGGUUGGACGGACAUCCAUCGCGUUGGCAAACUUUCGUGGCCAACAGAGUCAGUUUCAUUAACUCGUCGUACCCGAACGCUGUAUGGCAUCAUGUACGAUCGGCUCAUAAUGCGGCAGACUGCGCCACACGAGGACUCACGCCUUCGCAGUUGGCUGGGUUCGCGCUUUGGUGGGCGGGGCCAAAUUGGCUCACGGCACCGGCCGCGGAUUGGCAUUCAUUUGAUGGUUCCUCAGAGCCAGAAGAGGCGGAGGUUCACGCAUUUUUGGUACAAGAGGAGGCGAAGAAAGAAGAAGAUGAGGACAUCGUGUACUCGAGACUACGACGGAUAUCGAGCUUUCCGAGAAUUCUCAGAGUUUUGGGCUACUGCGGACGCUGGCUUGCGCGAUUUCGAUCGAGGACUGUGUCAUUUUCAAACUGUAUUGAGCUGACAGCUGAUGAAAUUGAUUGGGCUAGAACCGCUUGCUGUAAAUUGAUACAGCAGCGAUGGUACAGGAAAGAGCUUGAGCUUUUGAAGAAAAAGAAGCCGCUGAUACAGAAAAGUGAGCUUUUCCGUUUGUCUCCGUUCCUGGACGAUCGGAAUUUGAUUCGGCUUACUGGUCGACUGCAUAAUGCACCCAUACCGUUCAGUGAGCGACAUCCGAUCAUUUUACCAGGAAGCGAUGAGAUCGUGAGACGACUUGUUGAAGAGAACCACAGGGCUACGCUUCACGGAGGAGUUCAGCUGCUAAUCUCGCAUUUGCAGCAGAGCUUCUGGAUCACAGGCGUGCGAAGACUUGUGUCUGGGGUGUGCCGUCGCUGCAUGAGGUGCACACGCUUCAGGGCCAAGACUAGCCAACAGCAGAUGGCUCCGUUGCCGGUCGACCGACUUACGCCGCAGCGAGCUUUCGCGUUCACAGGACUCGACUAUGCAGGACCUUUCACAGUACGGUUCUCAAAGCGUCGCAAAGCUAUCACAACCAAGGGCUACAUUGCCAUAUUUGUGUGCAUGACAUACAAGGCUGUGCAUAUUGAAGCUGUAUCAGACUUGACAACUGAGGCUUUUUUGGCGGCGUACUCACGUUUUGCUGCGCGACGAGGAGUUUGCAAAAAACUAUUUUCCGACAAUGGUACCACUUUCAAGGGAGCUUCAUCGGAGAUUGCUCGCAUGUUCGCAGAGGCGUCGGAGUUUUAUUCGUCAGUGGCAUCGCAUCUGGCAAUGAAAGGCACCGAGUGGAAGUUUAUUCCACCCAGAGCUCCUCAUUUCGGCGGACUGUGGGAAGCUGCAGUCAAGAGCUUCAAAUACCACUUCAAGAGAGUCGUCGGAGCAUCCGUUCUCACAUUCGAGGAACUUUCCACCUUGGCGGCAAAGAUUGAAGCCUGUCUAAACUCGCGCCCUUUAUGCAAGCCAAGCAUCCACGCGAGCGACCUAUUGGCUCUCACACCUGGGCACUUCCUGAACGGAGCCGAAUGCCUGGCUCUGCCAGAGGUCGCUGAGGAGGCUCCCAGAGGCGGACUUUCAAGGGGAUGGCGUCUGCUUUCUCAGCUGAGAAAUUCUUUUUGGACAAGGUGGAGAAAGGAAGUGAUUCAGCAACUAGCACAAAGAAACAAGUGGUUAGAGCCGCAGCCAAAUUACAAGGUUGGUGACGUUGUCAUCAUCAAGGACGAGCUCUCUCCUCCAGCGAGGUGGCCACUGGGACUCGUUACGGCUGUACAUCCAGGAAAGGACGGACUGGUGCGAGUUGUCACUCUUCGAAUCGGAGGAUCAACUCUGAUGCGACCAAUAGUCAAGCUUGUGAAACUUCCAAUGGAUGAAGACGGAGAAGAACCUCUCGAAUAG